GCGACGAAUCAAUCUUGCAUUGCAUUGCUCAGUCGUGGUAUUUUUUUUCAUUUUGUAAUUUUUGUAUUGAAUUUGGUUCUAUGCGUGCUUCCAUAAGAGUUUCGUUCUAGUUUAAGGGGGCCAGCCACUGGCCAUAGAACUGUUUCAAUGCCGUGAAAAGUACAAUCACGAUGAGCAAAAUGUCUAAGAACAAAUUGAACCUGACCCUCCCACCGGGGUCCAUCGACACGGCCCCGGCUGCGACUCCAUCGAACAUGACUCCGCAGCUGAAGUCCGCUACAGCUACGGAUCGAAUGACGGGCCUUGCUGGAAAAUCAAAGAGCAGCAUCGAGGUCCUCACGGAGAGGCUGGAACAGAUCGAGAUGGAUGACACUCAGCGGCGCAGGAUAGAAGUUUUCCUCUGCCAGAAAGAGAAGAUCGGAGAGCUGAGCGAUGAUGACUUCGAGAAACUCGGAGAACUUGGUCAGGGCAACGGUGGCGUCGUAAUGAAAGUGCGUCACAAGUCGACCGGCCUAAUCAUGGCGCGCAAGCUUAUCCACCUCGAAGUGAAGCCAGCCAUCAAGAAACAGAUCAUCCGAGAACUGAAGGUCCUACACGAAUGCAACUUCACCCACAUCGUAGGAUUCUAUGGGGCGUUCUAUAGUGACGGCGAAAUCUCCAUCUGCAUGGAGUAUAUGGAUGGAGGGUCUUUGGAUUUGAUUUUGAAGAAAGCUGGCAGGAUUCCGGAAUCAAUUCUAGGAACUAUAACCUCAGCAGUCCUGAAAGGCCUGAGCUACCUCCGCGACAAGCACGCCAUCAUGCAUCGAGACGUGAAACCAUCGAACAUCUUAGUCAACAGCAACGGUGAGAUCAAGAUCUGCGACUUUGGUGUCUCCGGUCAGCUCAUUGACUCCAUGGCCAACUCGUUUGUCGGCACUAGGAGUUAUAUGUCGCCGGAGCGUCUGCAAGGCACGCAUUACUCGGUGCAGUCGGACAUCUGGUCCCUUGGCCUGUCGCUAGUGGAGAUGGCUAUCGGGAUGUACCCCAUUCCCCCGCCCGAUGCCAAGACCUUGGCGCACAUCUUCGGCGCGCAGAACGAGGACCACUCGCCUGGACAGUCCGUCUCAGCCAUCCCCGCGCCAAACUCCCCUCGGCCGAUGGCGAUAUUCGAGCUCCUGGACUACAUAGUCAACGAGCCGCCUCCCAAGCUGCCUUCCGGUCUGUUCUCGGACCACUUUAAGGACUUCGUCGACCGCUGUCUUAAGAAGAACCCGGAUGAGAGGGCCGACUUGAAGACCCUCAUGAACCACGAGUGGGUGCGGCUGGCGGACGCGGCCGGCGUGGACAUCGCGGGCUGGGUGUGCAAGACGAUGGAUCUGCUGCCCUCCACGCCCAACUCUAACGUGUCUCCUUUUUCUUCAUAAGCUGCAAGAAGUGCAUAAUUUCAACAGCGAAAAAGGGUCAAAACAUUUCCCAAGAAAGAGCGGGCGACACGAUCAGUGAAGAUUCGGGGUCCGAAGAGCAUUGAGGUCGGACAGAGAUAGCAGUAUGUCAACUCUAGAUACCAUUUCACUCACACGUCCGGCACUGUUAGGGUCAACUACCCGAUGACACCAGCUGGCACCAAUUUUUGGAGGAAAACCAAGGGUGGUAGUUUUACCCUAACACGGUCGACACUUGCUAAAGUGUCAGCUGUGUGAUGUGUUGGGCGUAACAGACAUCAUGUUUGACGCGGUCAGCUUCCAAAACUUUAGGCAUACAGGUUUAAAGUGAUACCAUUUAAAAAAAAAAUUGCGAUAUAUUUUGGUGGGUGCGAAAUGCGCUCUGAUUAAUGUCAUAAUGUGAUCCAUUUGCAAUGUUUCAUUGUUAGUAAAAUACUCAGACUACGUAAAUCCGUUAUUUGAAGAAACCUAACGGUGAGGAUGGUCAUAACGGUAAAGUGUCAAUUCUCAAAUAAGGAAACAAAAGUAGUCUUAUAUUUUUUGCUAUAUUUUAUGAAGUAAAUUACUACAUUCCGUAGCUAUUCAUAAUGAAACUUGUUGGCUGUGUAAAGGUAACAGGUUCUCAUUAUUUGUAAUCGGAAACGAAGACACGAAAUAAGAAUAAUGUAAAUUCGAUCGAAAGCAACGUGAACUGACCGCCGUCCGUCACAACCGAAACUCAAACGAAACAUAUCACAAACAAUUAGUACGCAUCGGGAGAACUGGCAUCAAAUACUCAAAAUUGAACAUUUAAUUUCUAGAAUUGGCUAAAUUAAGGUAAAUUUCUUAGGGAAUUCGAGUGUUACGCUACACUUGGAAACUAAAUUAUUUUAGUUUUUGGGACUUCCAUCCAUAUAUCCAGUAUAUGGUAUGAGACAGUGCCACCGAUGGUAGUGUACUGUAACACCGAUAGCUAGUAAUACUAAAACAUAGUGCAUUCGUGGACGAAUCGAGGUUUCGCAACGUACGACUAAUUGAUAAUGGUCAAGUAGAGUUGAUUUCACUAGUCGCAUGUCGAAAAAUGUUAGUAGUGUUUUGACAUAUUUUUCUUUGCUGAAAGUGCGUGAUUCAUGUCAGCUGAUACUCGUUAUUUGGAUAAUUUAAAGGAAUCCGCAGCACUCAAACGGGGCCGGCUCUGCCCGCGUGGGACUGUUGCGGCAUCCGCCUUUUGUAAUCUGUAAAAUACAGUCAUUUGUAGACUACACGAAAAAAUAUAAAAUUAAAAAAAAAAUCGGUAGCAGGAGGAGGUAAAUCGAUGAUGGGCCUUUUAAAGCAGCAGCCCUCGCAAUAUUUCAUUUGAUUUGUGGCAAUUUGUCUUUGUAAUUUUGCUUGGCAUGUAAAUGCGCCAAAUAACGACAUUUCGACUACCGCGUUGUCCCCGUGGUAUAAAAAAAGACUCGAUUAAGUCGUUUAUAAUUUUAACUGUGUAAAAUUGUAUUUUUUUUUUAUAAUCUUGUGAUAACACUUAUAUUAUCGAGGAACGUUGCUUUGUAUGGAAGAGAAUCUUCAUUGUUUUACCUCCUCCUGGCGGUAGUUACGUUUUUCCUCAUAUUUUGACGUGAUGCACUUUACGUUUGGUUUGUAUGGUCGCUUCGUUUUAGUCCUGUUUUGUCCCGGGCACGUGUUUAGUUAUGUAGUGUGAUGUGGCGUGUGGUGUGGCUGGUAGGCUGUUAGGACCUUUAACAAUGAUCUAGACCCUUAAACUUAUCACUGUAUAUUUUUUUCUUAAAUCUUUUGUAUAAUUUUUACUUAAAAAACAUUCCUGUCAUCAAAAACAUCGCAAAACAAAAAUAGGCAUUGGUAUUUGUUAAUGACAGAUGUCUAAUUUUUACUUUUAUAGUUUUUCAUAUUUCGUUGGGCAAAAAAUGACAAAUAUGACUAGACCCUGGCACAGGAUAUUUAGUAAUAUCUAAGAAUACUCAAAUAGACAUCCUACAGUUGUCUAUUAUGGAGGGAAACUGAAAUGUGAGACUGAUUAAAUAGGUAGGUACGUACGACACAGAAACGUUUGGGAAAAUUAUAAUGAUUCAUGAUUUUUCAAGACUUAAGCGUAAUAUAAAGUUUUAAAAUAACUUGUACAGAUGUAGUGCGAAAAGCGUAUUUUUACGGAAACGUACG